UGAACAGCAACAAUGAAGGCUACGUCGCCUCUCUUGAAGAGGAUAUCGCGGCAUGCUCUGAGCACGAAGCAGACGAAUAAGGGAUACUAUAAGGGAACAGGCACGGGAUCGACGGGUCGACAUACACAGCACGGAGGCUACAUUAUCGAGUGGGAGAAGGUCAGAACAUAUGUUGUGCCGAAGGACUUGAAGGAUUUUAAGCUUACACCCUUCGUUACGAGGAAAAUGAAACCGAUUAAAGGACGAUUUGAGGGAGAUCCAAAGGGGGCUUUAAGUGGAGAGGCAUACCUUGCGCGAUGGAAGGCGGAGAAUGGAAAUGAUUAGAACAUGAGUCCAGAUGCCCGGUUGGGAAAUUGUACAACAGACACGGCGUUGGGGAAUGUAGCAUAGAGUACGACAGCAAGGGUGGAGUAGCUGGGAAGGGGGAAUUUGCAGAUCUUCUACAGUUUGGAAUGGUAGAGAAAGUCGAAAAAGAUCCUAUUGAGAUUUCGUCCACUGUUCAUACAAUAUUGCACGAAUGAUUGAGUAUCAAAUCCUGCACGGAUUCCUGUUGUCAUCUUGGACCAAGCUUUUGCCAAGGAGCGUUGAGAUACUUCAAUUUGAGUCAAUGAAUGCUUCUAUUCUCGUUCUUGUCUUGUUCUUUAAGCCUACAACGAAUUCUCAUUUCAAUCCCUGC